AUGUGUAUAAAUACAAGUAAUACCAGACCGAGCGACACCCCCGAUCUAAGAAUACCAGAUGAGCGAGCAGCCCCAGCAGCCAAUGACCAUCGCGACCGUCGUGACACAACGCCCAGGGAAGCCUUGCCCCAGCCUCGACGAGACGACCUCCCGAGAAAGCACAAAAUUUCUCUUGACUCCUCCUCCUCCUCCUCCUCCUCCUCCUCCUCCUCCUCCUCCUCCUCCUCCUCCUCCUCCUCCUCCUCCUCCUCCUCUUCUUCUUCUUCUCAUGUGGCUCUGCUUCAAGCUCAAUGGCCUUCGCUUUCGAGGAUGAUAGAAAGGGACAUACCGUAA